CACCAGUAUUUCUGGAAGGUCUACACUUCAGCUCGAGACUUCGACUGGAAUUCCAAUUCAAAUACCAGACGGGACAGCCUACGAUGGCAUAA